AUGGAUGCCACGAAAACUUUGCCCGCCUCAUGGUAUUGCUCACAAAAUCUAUAUCAACUUGAACAACGUGCCGUCUUCUACAAGGCUUGGUACUUUGUGGGUGCUGUGCCCAGAUUCUCCGUCGAGAGAGAGGUUGAAUAUGAGUUUGCCGGAGUAGCAAUUACAGUGCGUCAUGAUGGAGAGGAGAAUUUCAACGUCACGAGAAAGUCUGAUGAGAAAGAACUGGCUCAUUAUCUGACGCCGACGGGACUCUUAUUUGCAACCAUUGACCCAUUAGCUGGUGCAUUUGAAGAAUGGUUUCCGGCCUCGUUCCUAGAAUUGGCAUCGCGGUACAACUUCCGGCGACUGCCACAUCGACGCUCGAUCAAAUAUCCUGGCCGGUUCAACUGGAAGACCAUGGUGGACGGGUAUCAGGAGUGCCUGCACUGUCAAUACACGCACCGGACCUUCAGCGUCAAGUACCCGCCAACCUUUUACGAGGUCCACAACCACGAUACCUACAGCCGCCACAUCGCGGAUCCCAACAAGCCAGACGAUGGGUUAUUCCUGUAUUUUUUUCCUGUCUGCACCUUGAACCUGUAUGGCGGUGGCAUGAGCAGUUUCCGCGUGUGUCCUGGUGAGAAGGUAGGUGAGACGCGGAUGGAAUUUGACUACUAUUUUGAUGACGGUACGGGCGGAACUGAAGGGUUCGAGGAAUACUUCAAGUUCGUGAGGAAGGUCGCGCUUGAAGAUUUCGAGCUUUGUGAAGUCGCUCAGGAGAACCUUGAGAGGGGUGUCUAUUCGCAAGGCGUCUUGAACCAGGUGAAGGAGAGUGGUGUUUUACAUUACCAGCAACUGACGAAAAAGAUGGUGAUGGAGAAGUUCAAGCAAGAAGAAGCCCAGAAGAAUGCCCUCAGCCAGGGGGGUAGUAGGCAUAAUGCAGCUGGCGUGGGAUACAGUGUCGCGGCUCCAGAAGAGGUCCCUAUCUUGGCUGGAGUUUGA